UUGUUUCGGUCUUAUCUCGACAAGACUAGCGCGCAAGGUCAUCUGCCGACAAGUCUUGCAUACUACAAAGAAAUCUCAUGUCUCUUGCUGAUAUUCUCCAUUGAAGCGAUUUUCAGAUAGAUAUUGACAUUACUUUUAUCAUGAAAAUCUUGGGCGUAGUGCUUGUUGCUGUCUUCGUUGUUGUGCAAGAGAAUUGCUUGGGAUUUCCUCAGAACACUUACUGGCUACAGGGUCCACCGGGACCCCCAGGACCUCCUGGACCACCCGGGCCAGCGGGUCCCCCUGGCCCUCCUGGCCCUGAAGGACCACCUGGAAGACCCGGAGACGCUGGUCCUCCAGGAAGUCCUGGAAAAGAUGGCAAACGAGGUUUAGGAGGUCCACCUGGUCUUACUGGUUUGCCAGGACGACCAGGUAGGAACGGUCGAGCAGGAAGGAAUGGAAACCCUGGUAAGGAUGGUCGCAGGGGAAGGAUAGGACAGACUGGUCGGCGUGGUGCCAUUGGACCAGCAGGACCCCCGGGACUACCCGGUCCAGCAGGACCMCAAGGACUACCCGGWAUUCCAGGACAGAAAGUCGUGAUUUCUCAAGUUGGAUAAGAAACAACUUUGGACAAUUCAUUUUGUAUAAUUAAUUAUUGAAAUGCAUAUAGUUUUUUAAGAUAUACACCACACCUCAGUCUUAAUCAAUAUACAACUCAAUCACAGAACGUUUCAUGUUCGUUCAGCAUAGAUGUCAGUAGUAUAUAUGGUGCAWUCUACGCCAAAYAAAGGGUUUGGGUCAAGMGUUGAUCCUGUAUGCUUGGGCUUCCUGUGUCAGCCAUURAUUCAUUAUUCAUACCAGCUCCACGUCGUUGCACUUCAGCCAAACAAUCCACACUUGAUGAGAUCUUUUCAAGAAAUGACUAAUUUUGGUAAUAAUAAUUGAGUAAUGAUGGCGUGCAAGUUUGCAUUCGAGAAAAAUGCAUACUCUUAGGUCUAAAACUGAUAUUGUGACUGACAACAGCUAAGAACCCAUAGAAUAAGCCACUUUUGAUAUUUUGGUUGACUACCUGCCCAUGAAAGAAAUAGAAGACGAGGCUCCGGGAAAACAAAAGGAUUAGCUAUUGUUUUCAAUUAUUUGGUGCAUUUAUGGUUGGUCAAAAUAUCGAAAGUGGACCUUACACGCUUUUACAAAUGACGUAAUUCUUAUAAGCAUGUUUAAUAAAUACAGCUAUUAAAAUAGAGCGAGAAAUAUUGCAAGUUAAAAACCCAA